AAUAACAAUAUUAUUACCUCCUUGCAUGGGAUCGUGUCAAUUCGGUAAACAGUUUUUGGAUUCAAAAUUUAACGGUACAACCAACAUCAUCAUGCUAGAUAAGAAAUCGUUUGGAAUCAUGCAAAAUAUGAAUUGUUAUGUGAGGUUUCGUUUCAUUCACUUUAUUUUCGAGACAAGGAUUUUUUAAAGUUGACAGUAUCUGACGAGAUACAUUGUCAAGAAAAGGGUUAAAUUGCUGUUAUGUAGUCAUAUAUACAAGUAAAACAGCAAAUAAUAUUUUAUUAUUGUUGUAUCACAAAUUAUAAGUCAGACAUUAUGUGAUUAUAAGUUCUUGCAUAAUAACUAAGAAUAAAAUUACUUACGGCCUAAGGAGGCACCGAUGAUCAACAAUAUUUUUUUUUUAAAGCUAUCAAAUCUGGAUGGUGAGGCCGAAGAGCGUCUCAUUUGCGCAACAUGUGUGACUCGGCUACGCGAUGCAAGUGCAUUCCGACAACAGGUGCUGUGCUGUGAACAGGCACUGCUACAAACCACAAUACAUAUCCAUGGGGCGGAUGGCGAGAAGAAAUCCGUAAAGGAUGAGAGUGAAGAGACAAGCGUGAAAGCAGAAGUGGAUAUAGAAGUUGUAGAGCCUGUAUCACCGCAACACCAGGCUGAAGACAACAUGGAUAAUGAAGCUGGCAUUGUCGAAGAUGAUGUGGAGACUGUGGAAAGCGAAACAGAAACGAAACCAAAGACAAUUUUAAAACAGAAGAAAAAAAUUAAACUUAAAUCUAAAAAGAAGUCCAAGAAUAAAACAGUGGACAACAACGAAACCUGCAGGCAAAAAAGGAAGCCACAAAAGUUUACCAAGCCUUUAGCCAACUUGGAACACAAAGUUGCGCCAGUCAAAACUCAGCUUACGCCACGACUUGAUAACGAGCACCAAUCAUUCCGAAAUGCAGUCACCUUAGUGGAAAACUCAUAUGUGUGUCCAUUUGACACUUCUUUCAGUGAUUACUUCUGCAUCUACUGCAGAGAAGUAUUCACUGACCCUGACAAACUCAGAGAACAUACUCUAACACAUGAUCCAGGGACUUUUAAAGACUUGGUGCCAAACAAAAAGUUACUUCAAGUUGAUAUAUAUAGGAUAGACUGUAGGUUAUGUUCAAGAAGUAUACAAAGUAUGGAUCUCCUCAAGCAACAUCUCGUAGUAGACCAUGAAAAGAUAGUCUAUCCAGUGGAAAAUGAGUUCCUGAAAUACCGUCUCACAUUAACAAAUCUUUCUUGCUUAGAAUGCGGGGCAUCAUUCAGUUUUUUUCAUGCCUUGAAGAAGCAUAUGGCUGAACACUUUGGUACGUGUAUUUGUGACGUGUGUGGCGCUCAUUACUUUGAAGAGAGAAUGUUAACUCUUCAUCAGAAGACCCAUCAAAAAAUCGAAGAAUCCUUUCCAUGUCACUGUGGUAAAGUGUUCAAAUCCAAACAUAGUAGAUAUCUCCACGAAGCAAGAAUCCACAAGAAAGAGCCAGCAUAUCAGUGCACCAAGUGUGACGAAGUGCUGUUCUCAUAUUCCUUACGAUACAGACAUAUGAUAGAGGUACAUGGAGAGCACAGACUAUUUCCAUGUGAGCAUUGUGACCGAGCAUAUGUCAGUAGGAAGUCUUUGAGAGAGCAUAACAGGAGAUUCCACCUUAAAAUCUUUAAACAUCAGUGUGACUUAUGUGACAAGAGGUUCUACUUGCCAUCACGGUUAAAGGAACACAUGGCAACACACACUGGGGAAAGGAAUUUUAGGUGUGAGUAUUGCGGCAAGAGUUACCCAAGACUCCGCGGAUUGAAGGUCCACAUGCAGUCACACAGCACAGAAAAGAAGUUUGGAUGCGUGAUGUGCAAUGCCACAUUCAGUCAGAACGUGAACUUGAAGAACCAUAUGAAAAAGCAUCAUGAGAGUUUGGAAAUUGAAGAGGGAUAUCAUGAAUAGAAUUUUAUUUAGCAUCAUCACUUUCUGUCAUUAAACAAUUAAGACUAGAAAUGAUCUGCAAAAUAAACUACUUUAAAUGAAUAAUUAAAUCCAGUAAUGCUUGCAAAACACCAAAGCUUGCCAAGCACCAAAUCAAACUACGAUUUCUAAUGUUUAUGCGAAUGUUAAACAUUGAAAUAAAACCAUGUCUCGGAUUGUGUCGCGGUUUUUUAUAAUAUAAUUUUCUCCCGACGUUUCAAAGCCUUUACAGUCUCCAUGGUCGCGGAGGCAUUGAGGUGUUGAUCUUCCGGAAAGACAUCAAUGUGAGUCCAGCAUACUUGAGAAGCAAUAAUUUCAAGACGAAUGAACAUUCUAAACGAUGCUUAACCUAAUAAUUGUUUGCCUUCUGAUUCUUAAAUAUUUUACAUAAUAAUAGGGAAGACAUUGACAAAUAGUAACCAGUAGUGGAGUUGUUAAGUUACAAAUGAACACGAAAUACGAUCAUAGUUAUUUUUAAAGGGGAUAAUCUUUGAAAGGAUUAAACUCCGCCAAAGGAUGAACAAUAAGAACAGAUGGACAAAAGAACUACUAUUCUAUAUAAGUAUGGCCGAAACUGUAUUGUAUUUUAAACCAAAUGAACUUAUGUAUAUAUACAUAUUAUUUACUUAGGCUAUCAUAUUAUUAAUAUUCCAUUGCAGAGGUGAACCUUUGUGCUUAAGAUCUCGUAUUCUUUUUAGAGUAGUACCUAAUAAUAGGUAUAUUUAUCACGAAUAAUUUAUGUAUGCAUCUAAAAUAAUGCUUCUGUAAAUAUGUAUGGAGUAGAUUAUGAUUUUAGGUCAGUCUGGUAUCUGGAGUGAGAAUGUCCCUUACAUUAGUAAAUUAAUAUACUUAAAACAAACAAAAUUUAAAAA